AUGGUGUUUCGGGGGCACCUCUCGCUGCUGCUGCCUUGCUUGCUGCUGGCCGGCUCCUGCUCCGCGCUGCGAGCGGUGGGUCCGCGCGCGCCGACUGCUGCUGCUGCCUCUGCGGCCAUCUCGCGCAGCGUCGCCCCGCGCGCCAGCGGAUCGAGCGUGGUCGACAUCUCGUCGAAGACUGAGUUUGAGGCGGUGCUCGACAACGCCGGCGACGCGCUCGUGGUGGUCGACUACUCCACGUCGUGGUGCGGCCCGUGCAAGAUCAUCGCGCCAAAGUACGACGAGAUGAGCGAGAAGUACACCAACGUCAAGUUCCUCAAGGUGAUGGGCGAUGCGUCACCAGAGGCGGAUCAGCUGAUGCGGUCACAGGGCGUGCGGGCGCGUAGCGUGGGCCCGCCGGCGGCGAACCGCCUCCACGCCCUGCCCGUGGCGGCGACCUCCUGGCGAAGCUUGGGGCGCGGGCGGGGUGGUGGGGGCGUGUCGCCGCCCGCGCCGCAAUCGCUGGGUUGCGGGUGCGAGCUUGCGCGCGGCGGGGCCACGCCAUGCCUGAGGUAGCUGGAUAAUCGCUCGCAGACCGAGACCCGUCCGGCUUUUCUUUUGAGGUGGGAGCCGAGUAUAAGGAAGGUACGGAGAAAGCAUCGAUCGCUG